AUGGCGUCUUCCGGUCUCGGGAGAGGUUCCAUCCUCCUUGCCUUCUGUCUACUCCUGGUGCUCCUACCAGGUCGCGCCGCCGCCUUUGGCGCCGGCAACAUCCCCUCUAUUGCUCAGGUCGAGGGUCACAACUGGCGUCAUGGAGAUAUCGAGGAUAUGCUCAAGACUAUCGCCUUCUUGCACGGCAAAAAAUGGACCUCCAUGCUGGUGUCUCGUGUCUACUUUGGAAACUGGCUUCGCGACUACUCCCAGGCCGUCGAUGUAGGCAGCUUGAAAGGAGUGAACGCCCCCACAAUCAGAAUUCUGAUUUGGGUUCUGUCAUUCAUGGCCUUCGGCUACGCGACGGAAGAGUUCGAGGUAACUGAGGAGCGUCUGGGCGUCUACCGUCCAGAGGAACAUAUCGACAACCCCCUGGGUUACGCCGAGGGCAUGGACGCGCGCAAGUUCGACCCUCGCCUUCGUGGUCCCGUUGACCCUAUCGAAACCCAGAUCGAUCCCCGCACCGGCAUGAAAAACUACAUCGCCAACGAAUCUGGUGGCUGGGCGACCAGCGCUGGCUACCUGCGCUUUAGCUUCGCCCGCAGCAUCCACUUCGGCCGGGUCUACACAAGCGGAUCACAUGGCUCCGGAAAGGAGGCCGACCUUUGCGAGGCAUUGCGUUGUCUCGGACAGGCACUUCACUGCAUGGAGGACUUCAGCGCGCACAGCAACUACUGUGAGCUUGCUCUGCGAGAGCUGGGCUACCAUGAGGUGUAUCCCCACUGCGGUACUGCCACCGAGAUUAACCUUAAUGGCCGCCGGGUCUUCCCUCUUGUCACCGGGACCUUUGGCGCUGUUGAUUUCCUGCACUCUGUUCUCGGCGAAGCUACGGACCACUUCACCCAGUCUGAGGUGGAUGAAAUGAAUGUCGCCCUCAAGAAUGCUGAAGGCAUGACUUCGAACAUGACUGGCGGCAGCACUGGGUCUCGUGGCUUUCUGGGACUUGGCUCCUCGAAGCCGAACGACUUCAUUUCUCUUGUCAGCCAGCUCCCAGGCAUUGGCGGCGACCUUGCUGGCCAGGCCCGCAAUUUGCAAGCUCAAUCGGCCGCUCAAGAGCAGCAGAACACCCACUCGGGCAGUGAUCUUAGCCGUGGGGACCUCAGCCGCGAUAGCGCAAACCAAGUCCCCGGCAUGAGCACCAACUUCGACCCUGUCGAAACUGCCCGGAAGAUUUACCCGAUCCUGCAGUUCCGAGACAAAAUCGUCAAGUCUAUCAGCAACAUGAUCUCCAAGAUCCCCGGCUUGGAAAAGCUCUUGGACCACAUCAGUGAGACGCUCACUGCCUUCAUUCUGGGGCUGCUGGCGCCGUUUGUCAGGCCCAUCAUCACGCAGGUCUCCAAGGUCCUCAAGGACGGUUCCUCAACUGUCAUUGAUGCCAGCUCCAACUCUCAGCUGGAGCCCUGGACAAAUCCUAGCUGCGAUAAUCCUACACACUCCAUGCUAUCCAAGGAUCACUUCACCAACAUCCUGAAUUCUUGCGCGGGCAGAGUUGCUGCUACCAUUUUGCAAUAUGUUGUCCCGCGUGUUCUUUACGCUUGGGAGAAUCCCGGAGUACCUGUCGAUGAAGUCGUCAAUGACGUCCUCCGUGCUUUCCACCACCCGGCAGCCCGCGAUGACAGAAUCCAGAUUCAAAAGGACAUGUUCGAGACGGUCCGCAAGUGGGCAAACGAGAGUUCCCACAAGCACGAGCUGUCCCACUUGCUCUCGUCCGAGUCAGUCAAGGCUGGAAGGAACCAUAUUCUCACCGGCGGUGACGGAACGAAGAGUGUCGGAGGUCCGGGUCACACUCACUCCCAUGGAGCCUUCGACAGCUUCGGUGAGCUGGGACAUGGCAAGGUACAGGGUUCGCUAUGGAACCAGAUUCGCACGCGCGAUCUGAGCUCCAUGGAGGGCGAUGACACGAAGCCCUUGUCGAGCUCUCCCCUUCCUCCGUCGCGACCAGAUUACGGAUACCACGAGAGCCAGGGAGGAAGCAGUCACCACUACUCGGCCUCCCAGUCAUCCCAAGGUCAGGCCUCAAGCUACUACAGCCAGCCUGGACCACAAGGCCAUGACCAACAGCCUCCUCCGCCCACCGGUCAGUGGGGUCCUCCGCAACCACCGCAUGGUUACGGCGGCCCCGGCUACGGCGGUCCGCCUGGUUAUGGUGGUCCUGGAUACGGUGGGCACCCUCAACCCCAGUAUCCCCCUCACCACCAGCAACCGCCUCCUCAUCAUCAGCAAGGCGGCUGGAACCAGUAUCCGGGCCAGUACGGCGGCUACUAA